AUGCUGUUGUGUGUUGUUUUUUUUAUCGGGUGUGCUAUCUAUCGAAAAACAACGAAAUUUUCUGCGACAUCUGUGCCGAUUUAUCGUGCGUCGAGGCUUGAUUCGGGGGAAUUGAUUCUCCAAAAUUGAUUUUUGACAACUCGAGUGUGAAGUGUACGAUUUGAAAAUCGAUAAUUUUUAGUGAGCUUCUGCUUGUAUCUCUCUGCUUAAAAGCGGACGUCGAACAUCGAAUUCGCCGCGAGAGAUCAAUCGGCACUUUGUGCUUUGGCUCUCGGGGUCAAGGAGUCGAGCGGAGCUCGUAACAUGCUCGCACGUUGCUCGCUCGAAAUUAGCUGAUUUUCGCCAUCGACAUCUUGAAUCGAGCCUAGAGCAGCAGCUGCAGCCGACCCGGCUACGUACGAAGCAUCAAAAUGGAAAGCGAGGAGCUUACUAAACUCGUCGAUGACAUCUACAAGAAUAUUUUGGAAAAGUUCAAUCCCAGCGCAAGGCAGCUCAUCACCGCGGGCAAGGCCUACCUCAAAGCUCUGCACGGCGCAGCGGCAGCUUCGAAAGCCUACGUCGAUGCAUUAACGAAGAUCGGCAGACAGGCCCAACUGGGUACUUGGGGAGGCUCCCAAGAUGUUGGAUCCGCCCUGAUGAAAAUCGUUGAUGUCUACAAGGCGAUACAGGAACAGGAGAUAAACAUCAUGAAGGCUUUCUACGUUGAUAUGCUGGUGCCGUUAGAGACGAAUCUAGAAAAGGACACAAAAGUCGUUCAGAGCGAGCAGAAGAAGUUCUUGCAGCAGCACAAAACUCGCAGUGAAUCUUACAGCAAAGCUGCCGCUGCGAUGAAGAAGCAGCGAAAGAAGUCACGAGCUGCCAAUAAGAGCGGACUCGCCAUGGACAAGGAGCUCAAGAACAUGCAGAUCCUCGAGGAGGAAAAGACCAAACUCGACGCCUUUUGCGAGCAGAGCUUGAAAAAUGCAAUGACACAGGAAAGAAGACGUUACGGCUUCGUUCUGGAACGGCAAUGUUCCCUGGCCAAGCACUACGUUAGUUUCCACGAAGUAGCCUUGUCAGCUUUCAACCCAUCGCUCGACGAGUGGCGCGAUGUUGCAGCCACGAGGGAGUACCUUCCACAGUCCGUUGAAGAUAUGUUCGCUUCGAGACUGAGACAAGUAUCAUUUUGGCCCGAGGAGGAGGAGAACGGCGGUUCGGAUCUUACCAUGAGCUCUCAACUACGAAAAACCCGCAGUAUGGACAGUUCUUGCUUAGAGCUGAGCCGGCUUGGACCACCACCUCAGAGUCAAUCGACUGCCAGCGGUCUACAUCAUGGACUCAAUCAAAAUAAUCACUCGUCUCAUGUGUCAACGCAAAUGUCAAGGGCAAGAUCUGAGGCCAAUUUACACGCCUCAACGCUAUCACUUGGACCAGAAGUGCCGGACACACCGCCCAGACCACGAUCCAUGGUGCCGGUGAGCCGCAACAGCAUAGCUCUGAGUAGCAACUUGAUCGCAGGAGGCACUGGAUGGGGGACGGAGGCGCCCUUGGCUCGAGCACUUUUUGCCUACCUCAGCUCCGGCGAGAACCAGCUCAGUUUCCACGAGGGUGAUCUCAUCGCACUCAUGGGUGAUCGGCAGAAGGGUUGGCAAUUCGGUGAAAAUCUUCGUACUCAAUGCUCUGGAUGGUUUCCUUUGGCCUACACUGAGACUGCCACUGAUGAAUCAUUAGGUUCGCCAAGUCAUAGUUCGAGUAACGGAAGAGCAAGUAAUGGGUUCGUGGAUAAAUCCAUGCCGCCUUGCAAACCACCACCUUCUCGACCACCCAUGCCAAACGGCGACGAUAAUCAUGUUAAUGGCGAAGUCAAUGGUCACCACAAUAAUUCUACCAAUGGUAAUAUGCCCAAGAGCAAUAGCUCGCACAGCAUUAUCAAUGCAUCGAAUGGGCGUCAAAAUAAAUCACACCGUCCAACUGGAACUCUGCCGAGUUUACUGAGCGGCGGCAGUAAUGGUAACAGCAGUGGGGUCAGCAACGGCGGCAUGGUCGGGGGUGGAGGCCGUCGUGUACAACCUCCGGUGCCGCCGGUACCGCCACCUCAGGGGGUCACCUCGUUGCACAGUAGCAACGACAGCGGCUUUUCAAAUGAACCACCGGUGCAGCCUGACAUUGACUACAGCGACGACGAAGCCAUGAGACUUCGACGACGCAAGGCCGCCGCCAAGCAGCAGCAUCACAAGCAACAGCAGCAGUCCAAUAUCAAUAAGGCUGAUGCAAUGAAACAGCAGAACUCAAUCAAUAACAAGGACUGGGAAAGCGACUCUUGGAAGUCCAUACCUCGAAACAAGGAAAAUUGGCAAGUGUAUCGCAGUUCCAUGACUGAGUAUUGGUCCGAUUCAAAUUUACUGGAACGCAAGAAAGAAAAAUCCGGUCGUCAAGGAUCCAACGAAAAUAAAAAUACACGGAAUAGUAAAGAUGAUGCAACUAUUGGCAUGACAAAAAAGGAACGUAAGCAACACCAGCAACAACAGCAUUUGGAGCAGAAAAAUGAAUAUGAAAAUCUUCGUUCAGUGAGUAAGAACUCGAAUAACGAAAGAGGAAAUAAUAAAUAUUUGCCUAGUGAAGAUCAAGGAAAUCCAGAACGCAGUUACAGUCGCAACAGAUCAGAUAAAAAUGAAGAAAUUUCUCGUCAAGAAUUCGAAACCGAGGACGAUGAAAUUGAAGCUGAAGUCGAUAUCGAAGAUGAAGACGAGGAAGAGGAGAAUUAUAAUGCUGGCAUGGAAUAUCGCUCUGAAAAAUAUGAGAACCAGAAAUACUACGAAGGUGAUGAAGGGCUCCGCAACAGAAGCAACGAGUACGGACGUCGCGAUAAUGAUGCGAAGUAUGAUAACGAAAAAACGAGCGACUCUUUCUCUUCCGAAUCGUCCGAAUCCGGAGACGAAACUUUACCCGAAACUGGUCGAAAAGUUGAACAAAUAGCUCAAAAGCUCGAACAGACAGCACAGAAAUACGCUAGAGAGCACAGUUCUCCCAAAUGUAUUGAACGUCGUAGUAUGAAUAGCAGCUUAGAUCGAUCCCGCGAUGAUAUUGCAAAUGCCUCUUACGACAAAUACGAACACAAGGAUCGCAAUAUGCGAAGAACUCCACAGGCUGAUGAAAAUAUUGACCGAUACGAUAGUAAUUCCGUUAUGUCUUCUCGACAGUCCACUUUAGUUUACGAGAAAAAACGUCCAAGCCACGGCUUUGAGAGACCUCGACCACCUUCUCAAGAGGCACCCGAGAGACCAUCCGAUCAGUCAUCCAAGUACAGAGAUAUGAUGAAGUAUCCAAAAGAAGAGAUAUAUGGUGAAACUACUACUAUGGGCUUUGCUAAUGACUCGGUACUUGUUGAGAAGGAUCGUGGUUAUGAAUCUAAUUUUGAAACCAAAAUGGAACGAUCAAAGAUUCUUCAACGUCAUGGAUAUCCGAGAAAUUCGCGAAAUGACUCAAACAAUAAUAGCCUAAUGAAAGAGCGCAAACCUCUAGCACCUAGGCAGAGUUCAACCAUGAGUUCGACCAUGAGUGUCCCUGCUUCACAACUAUUGCGUAAUUUCGAAUUUGACAAUAGCCCAAAACUCGUUAAACGUACCAAGAGCUUUUGGCGUUUUCGUAGAGAUUCGGAUGUUCUUGAAGGAAUGGCUUUAUGGCAACAUAGGUCACUAGUGGAUAUCCCUAAAAUGCUCAAAAAAGAAGAACCUAAGCAAGCUAGAAGCAAGUCGAUUGAUAAAUCUAGCUCUGAAGGAAGCCCUGGGAUGUCCCAUCGUAGUUUAGAACGAAAAAAUAGCGACGAAACAAUAACUGAUGAGCGAAUAAAUGGUCCAGAUCACAAUGAACCGAAGGCAGCUGAGAGAAUGUGCUCACCUGAAAGAUCAUCAAGCGAAUAUUACGAUGAGUCACCAACACCAGCAGAAAGGUCAAGAAUGUCCGACAGAAAUACUGAAAAAUUCCAUUCCAAACAUCAAGAUGAAUAUCAAGCUCAUCCGCAACAAAAGCAACCCCAAGUAAAACAGCAACUGCAUCAUCAAAAUCAUCAUCGGCAGCAACAACAGGAACAGCUUAUUCAAGAACGCUCAUUUUUUGUCGGUAACGUUUCUCGUCGAGCAAUUUUAGAAAAUGAGCGAAAACGUAGUAUGGAGGCUAGUCGUCAGAGCAUAACAGAAGUGAAAGACAAUCAAGGUAAGCCACAAAAACAAAAGCAGCAUAUGCAAGACAUGAUGGCAAUGAAAAAUAACAGGAAUGAAUUGAAGAAAAAAAAUUACGGCGAGGACGACGAUGGUCUAAUGAUUAAUCAUAGAAAUGAUCGAAAUUAUACCGAUAUCGAAUGUAGCGACGAAGAAUCUACUUAUAGUUGCAUAAUGAUCAAGGAUUCGAGCCAUGAACAAUUACAAAAAACACAGUAUCUACCUAGAACGAAACUCCGACGAGACAGCACAGUCAGCAAUGAGCACGUUAGCGAUUAUAGCAGAAGCAGUAAGUCCAAGACUGCUAUCGGGCCAUGGUAUGACCUUUGGGGUGCUGACCGAUCCAUUCCUUCUACUGCUGUUACUAAAAAAAAGAAGAAAGCAAAGCAACAGUGAAGAUAUGAGAGCUUUGUUUCAUCAUAUUAUGUCAUCGCCAUCAAAAACGAUUCAAAAUCGAAUUAAAUUUUAGUUUUUAUAAUUAACCAACAUUUCAUACUCAUUAUUUUCUAUAUUUUUAUUUGUUAAAUACGUUAAUAAUCACUUUGUUUAUUGGAACACUUUAAUUUGAAUUUGUAUUUGAGCGCCUCUUCCAUUGUUUUGUUCUAAUUUUAUCAUUUGCAAUCCAGCUAUCCAGCCACGGCUUUCAUCGCUUUAUAAAAAAUUGUUUUGCAUAAAUCCUUCGCUUGCCUAUAAAGAUAUAUUUAUUAUUUAUUUUUUGGUCGACUGAAAAUGAUUAUUUUUGUAGCGCACCCGUGUAGACCCUCACGACGAAGUCUCGAUAUAUGUUAUUUGCACUGCACGCCACCGACGCUUUGUUCAUUAUAGUUAAGAGACGAGUUCUAUUCCUUAUACAAGAGUUUGUGUAAAAUUAGAUACUCCAUGGGCUUACACGGUCUGCCAAUUUCAGUUACCUACGUCGAUGAAGUAUACAAAUUCAGAGGGUACUUGAUAGCCGUGCAAAGCUGAAGAUAAUAAAUCACACUUUAAUGUACGAUGUUCGAUUGGUAAA